CAGUUUCAACAGGCUGCUUGAAGAAUAAACAGCGCACAGAGGCAUAAGCGCUGAUUGAUAGAGAGAGAAGAAAGGAGAAGACCAGAAAAGCACUUGCAUGCUGGCUGUAAAGUUCUUACACAGAACAGAAUUCUUGCCUUCAAACGGAUCAUUUCUUAAGAUGGCCAGCUGGUUCAGUGAUGACAGGUUCAUGGCAGACAAAAAUGACCAGGAAUGGGACCUUGGUUUGGGAUCUCAGGAACUCAGGAACUCUUUCAGAUCUUCAAACCCUAUCGUGUCUGAGUUUGACUUGUGGGAAAAGUCUCUCUUUAAAUCUCGGUCCUCAGCUCUGAGUUGUGUGGGUUUGUCUCGAUCUGAUCACAGCUCCAAAAUUAGCACCAGCUCCACUGGCAGUCAGUGUGGGAUAAAUCACAGUGAGUCAUCUGCCAGGCAAAGAUGGCAGUCUGCUUCACGUCUUGCGCCAGACGGGGCCCCCAGGUCCCACUCUGAGUUUGAGCUACGGAGUGCGCUAGAGGAGAGCAGCAUGAGGAGAACGGAGCUCAUUCAGAGGCUCCGGGAGGCUAACAGCUGUAUGGAUACACAAACAGACCUGCUGAAAGCCAAAGAGAGCCAGCUUCAGCAUAGCCAGAGCACUACCCAACGUCUAGAGCACAAGCAAAAGCAGCUGGCAAAGGCACUGAGUGUUGUUGACGAGCAGAAAGAAGCUGCUGAGCUAAGUCGCUUUGAGGAGAGCUAUCGCAGCGCAGACCUUCAAGAAAAGGUGCUACAGCUGGAGAUGGACAUUAUGAAGAUGAAAUCUAGCCUUGAGAGCAGGAGCACUACAAAAAUAUCAGCAUCACAUUCAAAGCCACACCUAGGCAGGACCAUGCCUGUAACAAAAGAGGAAUCUUUCAGAGAGGGAGCGAAAAAGGCAGCUAGGGAAAUUAAAAAGCUUGAAGAAGACCUCAGGGAGGCAGAGGAAAGAGCCGUGACAACAGCGGCCGAAAAGGACCAUGCAUUAAAACAACUCCAAUCAUGUAAAGAAGAUCAGCAGAAAGUAUUAAGCCAGAUGGAGGGGCUGAAGCAGAAGUUUAGCACGUCCAUGGUGGCUCAGAGUGAGUUGCAGGACCAGCUCAGCGAGACUCGCAGUCGCCUCGGCCAACUGGAACUGGAGAAUGAACUGCUCACCACAAAAACACUGAGAUUGGACGACCACAUAGAGGACCUGAAGUCAAAGUUGUCCAACGCGUUAGUUGAUAAAGAUCGUCUGGUUCAGGAGAAAGCUGAACUGCACCAAAGAGUGCAAAGCUUAGAACUAGAGCUGCAAAGAUCCCAGAUGGGCAGAGAGGGUUUCACUCAGCAGGUGUGUGAUCUCCACUCCCAGCUAACUCAGGCCAAGAGCCUGGCCAGCCAACAACAGCAGAGUACCUUAUUACUGAAAGAGGAACUGCAUUCAGCCAAAGAGGUGAUUGAGAAACUGACAGCAGAUCUGGCUACAGCCAUGCAGAAGCUUCAGGAGUCGCUGCAGAAGCUACAUGAGCUGGAAGCAGAGAAGCUGAUCCAAAGCAGUCAGAUCUCUGCCCUGGAGACUGAGCGUUUGCAGCUGCUUGGAGAGAAGGAGGAGCUGAUGGAUGUGUUUGACCAAGGAGAUCAGAAACAGCUAAGAGAUCUGAAGGAGAGAUGCUGCCAGCUCAGAGAAUUACAGGAAAUGUUGGAGUAUGAGAAGAAGGAGCUUGAGGCACACUGCCAGGGCCUGGAAAAGAAGGUAGAGAAUGUUGAGGCAGAAUAUGGGCUUAAGGAACAAGAGCUGAAGCUCAUGGAAGAGAAGAUGGAGCAAGAGAAGGAAGAGCUGAAGAGAGUGGCAGCUCACUGGAAUGAGCGAUGGCUGGAUGUUGCGAUGGCAUUGCAGUCUUCUCAGGUCCAACUAGAAGAGUCCAAGAAGCAACAGCAAGAGUCUGAUGCUCUGAGGGAAGAGGCAGCAGAAAUGGUCAUCAAGCUCAAGUCAGAGAUGAUGGACAGGCAGAAUCUUAUCCAGAGUUUGCUAGAAGAGAAGACACACCAAGAGAAAGAGCUGGCCAGAGUUAAGAAAGAAGCCGGUGCCUUGGAGCGAGUUGAGCUUGAUGCAUGUAGACAAGAGCUAGAACUGGAGAAGAACAGAAGCCAGACCCUCCAGCAGAAAUUGAUGGGAAACCCUGUCUCUCUGGAGGAGAUGGAUGGAGAGCUGGUGCAGUUGAAGAGUGAGCUGCAGAAGGUGUGUGACAUGCUGAAGAUUUCUGAAACUGAGCUGGAGGAGCAUCAGCGUGAGCUUCAGUCUGCUCGUGGCCAGGUGACAGAACAGAACAACGACGUACAGAGACUGGAGCAACAACUGGCUAAGCGAGAUCAGGACUUGAAACAAAGAGAUGAUUUCCUGAAGGAUUUGAUGAGACAGAAAGACGCAGAGAAAACCGAGGCCCAAAUCAAGAUAACUGCUCUUGAAAAUGAGCUUGCUGGACUCAAAGGUCAGAAGAUCAUCCAGAAACCAGGAACUCGACGUGACUCUCAGCUCAUAGACUCCUUAAUGGAAGAGAGCAGUAGGACAACGGAGCAGGAUGUACAGAAAGCGCAUAGCGUCAAUCCUCCCCAACCGGGAAAAGGAGAGAGGCAAUCAUCAUUUGUGAAGAGAAAAGAGGCAGGAGUAAGGUGUGAUAGCAUAGAUCCUGACCAACAGAGAAGGCUAAUCACUGAGCAGCUAAAAAGACUGUUUAAAGAAAGGGAACAGAUGAGCGAUGUGGUGUCUCCCAUGACCCAGAGAAAUGCUGGCUCAAAGUCUCCUAAGGUAUUCAAGAAUGAGAAUUCCAUGGAGACGGAAAGAAAUGAGGUGAAGAGGCAACAGAAAUGUGGACUAGAUUUAGGGGUUCAUGAGAAGACAGGAGGACUUGCUGCAGAAAACGUUGCUUCAGAGAAACAACCCCAGCAGAUCUAAUCAAGAUGUAGUACUAAUCAAUAAAACUACAACAGACCUGGGAGUUCCAGCUAAAUCUAUAACACUGAGAUACACAAACUUGUGUGCUAUUUAAUUUACAAAUAAGAGGAAACCCUGACCACCAUACCACCCCUGUUGUGUGUGGAUGGAAUAUUUCUUGCUGGGCAGGUUAAGGUGUGUGACUGCGAGCUGGAGGAGGAUGAGGUAUAAACUCAGGUUGUGGAGGAAGGCAAGGACUUGUACGUGUUUGACAAGUGGAAUAAGUGUGUAAGUGGAAAAGGGCCUCAUUAUUUUAAAUAUCACAAUUUCUUUACUUGUCAAAUGCUCAGAUUUCAAGUGUUAUUUUAUUUUGAAAAUUCUGAAGAUAUAUCAAAUUCAAGACGCAUGUUGCUAAACAAAGUAUUUUGAGUUUUUUUUAACUUUUAAGCAAUGUUUGGAAAUUUUGCAAAGUAUUUUUUUUUUAAUAAAAUAAGAAAACAUGCUUCAAAACAGGACAAAAUGAACCUCUUUCGCUCAGUAAGUUCAGAUACUUGCCUGCAUAAUUCUUCUUGCACCAUACAAUAAAAGUCUUUAACUUUACUGAUUUAGCUACAAAGCAAAAGCCUGCUGGAGCUUUGUGUUUAUAUUACUAAACCUCGGUGUUGCUGACAUUUGAUGUAAGCCAGAGCUUUUAUACCAUUUUUCAGCGCUCCGUAUGUAAAUGAGUCUGUAUCUCCACAGAAAAGAUUUCAGAUUUGACCAUGAAGAAAUUAACAGAGGUAUAAAACAAUUGUAUUGUCCAAAUUCCUGUCAAAGAUAUAAGGUUAAAGGAGUGCUCCAUACUGAACCCAUCUUCUCAUCUGAACCACUCCUUUAUCUUCAGAAUCCUUUGUAUAUAAGCUUAAUUAAGUUUCAUUUGUUCCACUAAGUCAAUAUUAGAUAUAUUAACUAUGAUAAUGAUGGGUUAUGUAAGUUCCAUCACAAAAUAAAACAGAUCCGACUCCUGGUCUUUACUACAGGAACAAUUGUGGUUAUAGCAUCUUAACAAGUCAACAGAAUAAAAGGUCACUGUGGUUCUAGUUUCCAUUAACUUCAAGUAUUUGAACAAGGCAUUAAAUUUGGAAAAUUCCCACACAUGUUAAGAAGAUGAACUUGCAAUUUAUUUCUAGUGCCACAUAAGCUGUCUGCCAUGUUCUGUUUAAUUCCUGA